UCGUGGUCUGUUCCUUUGUGCUCAAAACGGGAGGGAGAGAAAAUAUCACCUGCUGAAGGUUGCCACGUUUCUGGAACAAAAGAGUAAAAACUCCAAAAUUUGGGAAAAAUCGAAACAGAGCUGUUGCUGCGCUGCUGCAAUGGGUCCAUCUGCGGUCGCACUUCUGAUUGUUCUACCUGCACUGCUGCUGGCCUCCGCCGCUUCUGUUCAAGCCAACUGCCGCUUCCCGGAGGUCUGGAGUGGCAACUGGUUCCACUCGGGCAUGGUGAACCUCCUGCACGUCAACAACUCCUUCAUCGAGUCCAAGGGCGUGUGCGUCGAGAGCGACGGCGACAAAUACAUCCUCGAGGACAAGUCCGAGGGCUGCUUCAGAUGCGUCGUCAUCCACGAGAAGCACCACAACGUGCUCCAGUACAAAGAGACGUUUUGCGAGUUGCGACGCUCUUCGUUGGAGACGAUGUGCAACCAGAUCCCCGGCGACGCCGUCCUGCUCUCCAUGUACCGAUCGGAAGCGACGCCGGUGCCCUGUCCCUUCAAAGGGCCCUUUUCCUUCACCUACAGCAGGGGUUCGGGCGAGUGCGCCCGGCCCGUUUCCAGGGUCGAUUCCUGCAUCACCGACUCGCGCAUCCGAUUGCGCUACCAGGCCUGUGCUGACGUUGCCGGAUCGGAGAGCUCUUCUGAGGAGUUGCAGUGCCUGGCUACCUGGAAGGACGGCAACACGCGCUACCUAGUUGGAAAACUGUCGCACAAGAUGGCAAGCACGGACGAGGACCGAUACCGCUGCUUUGUGUACGAUCGCAACGCCCACGACCACCCUGUCACCUUCAGGGUGGCGCAGUCAGGUGAUGCCACGUGCAACGGCCUCCUCUCAGCCACCGAAGGCUCCAGGACCAUGAAACUCACUAAGGAAAUCCACUCGACACACUGCCGGUACCCGGCGUGGGUGACCGAUCACCACCACUGGCACACGCUCGACUACAAACGGUCGUACCAAUUCUCGCACAAGAACGCCACGCUGCGCAUUUCCAACGACUCGGACUCGGAGAACGCGGGCAAGGAGAUGCGCGUCGUGUGCCACACCAUCAACGAGUCCGGCGACAAACAGGUCACCCUGACCGCGCACGUCACCGUCGGAUGCGAGUCUGGGUAUGUGUGCAUGGUUUUCCACCGGCGCGACAGCCACGUAAUCGAGUUGCAACAAACGAGCAACUUUGCCCCGGCGCCCGACGAGGCGUGCCAUCAGAACAACUUCAACCCCGUCGCCCUGCCCUUCACCACGCUGAUAACUGCGUCGCCAAGGCCGAGGACGUGCCCGGACAUGGGUCGGUACGCGGUGCUCGGAGUGAGCAGGGACGGCGCCAAACAGAGCAAGCGGACGGGCGCCUCCGCAGGUUCGGCCAGGGACGCCGCCUGCGCCGACGACAUUGAAUCACUCUUCGUCGGCUGCUCCAAGUCGGAGAACCUUGAGUUCCACUCGUCUUGUCCCAGUGAUAGUGUUUCUUCAUUUGCCUGCCACGGCAGCUGGGAAAUCAACGGCACCUUCUACCUGAUUGCUUCUCCCUUGAGCCGCCGUAGCACUGGUCCACCUCGGUACUGCUUCGUCUACUCCGAGAACGACAAAGGCCAACUGCAGUUCUCCAGCGUCACCGACACCUGCACUAGAAACAUCAGCCCUGGCGUCACCGGCGCCUGGACAUUCAACGUCACAAAUAUUGGUCAAUGUGCCGAGAGCACCGCCAUGCAGAGUUCUUCAGCCAAGCUGGCCUCUUGGAGCUGGUUCCUGGUUGUGUGCAGCUUGCUGGCCACCGUGUCGGCUGCCUCAAGAUGAUUCCGCUGCUAAAUUCUAAUCAGAGACCUCUGUUCUUGAGCAAGAGUGAUGGAUAUUUUUACCGUUGUUGUUGGCUGUUGACUAGGAAGGGAACAAUCGAAGCAAAAUAUAAAUGAAGAAAAAAUAACGUACUAUAUUGAUAAUUUGACGCAAGAAUUCGAAAAAAUAUUUGUGAUCCGAGUGCGACCAGUGCAAGACUGAAUUACACUGACCUGAGCCGUGCCGUGUAUAAGUGUUUCGUUUUUCUUCGACUCGCCGUUUUCAUUGACAGAUGUUUAAUGAUUGUGAGAGCAUUAUAAUUAACUAUCAAAUUGAAAUUGUCUUGGUGCGCUGGAUUUUUGUAAAAUUAUUGUCAGUUUUAUAUCUUCUCUAAACAAAGAGAAGACCAAAAGUUUGUACACAAUUUGAAAGAAAAAGUGCUACUUAAAAUUUUCGAAGGAAGCGCACCAAGUUUGGCCAGAAGGUAAAAAGAUUUCUCAUUUGUCCAAUUUUUCGAAUCAAAAGAAAUGUCUUACAUAAUUAUUUCUACGUGUUUUUGGCUCCAGGUGUUCUUUUUCUCUCUUUUGCUCGUGACAAUAUUUAAUUAUGUAAUUUGAAAGAUAAAUAAAUACGUCUGCCCAAAAUACGCGUGUUGAAGUCAGUCCAAAAUUGAUGCAGCACGCACGAGACUUUGACGCACUUUGCUGAUUCUAAAGGACGUACAAUCAUGAGGGAUACUAAACACAUUACUUGACGACCGAUUUGUAAAUAAUGAGAUUUGUCACAUUUCGCGCGCGCAUAAACCAUGUGAUUUUGUUAAUUUGAAGUGUGAAUGGUCCGAACAAGAGAGUGAUUGCGGUGAGAAGAAAAGAAAUUAAAAGAAGAGUGUUGCUUAAUCGAUAUUCAUUAUCCUUAUUGGUAUUUCCUGUUGCUUUGCAUAUUUAACUUAAUUAAUAAAUGUAAAUCACUAUAUUUACAAAAUAUAGCCUCAUUU